AUGUCCUCUUUGUUUGUAGAUGAAGAUGAAGAUGAAUAUAGGGACUCAACGUCAUUGUUUGUUCCCGAUGAAGUGAACCAUAUUGAGUCUCCAGAAGCCUUAGAUGCCCCAGUGGUGGUGGAUGCUUUCACAAGUCUUCAAGAGACUAAAGAAAGCUCAAACAACGACAUUGUUCAACAUGAGUCUGAACCUCAAGUAUCAUCUAACGUGGGAAUUAGUUGCAAUUUACCGUUAAAGUUUCAACAUCUUAUUGUUGAGGAUAUGCUCUCGAGAGAUGGGCUUUUGAUAUUGGGACGAGGUCUUGGAUGGGAACCUCUUACAGCCAAUCUUUUACAUGUUUUAAGUGCACCUACCCCUUCAAAAAGAAGUUUAUUAAUUCUUCUCAAUGCUAGAGAUGAUGAAAAUUCUAAAAUUGGAGAAGAAUUGAAUGAAUUAGAUUGGAUUGAUACUGAUAUAUAUUCCAAAAGUGAUGGGCCACCGCCAUUUGUGGUUAUAUCCAAUGAACUUAGUACCGCUGAUAAAAGAGCAAGAAUAUACGAGAAAGGUGGGAUCAUAUCUUUAACUUCUAGAGUUCUCGUUGUAGACUUACUAUCUGGGGUAUUGUCUCCUAAUGAUAUCACUGGGUUAUUCAUGUUACAUGCGGAGAAGAUUACUGAAAAAUCGAAUGAGUCUUUUAUUGUCAACCUUUAUAGGGAUGGUAAUGAAUGGGGGUUUAUUAAGGCUGUUACUGAUGAUCCUGAAUCAUUUUACGGAUUCACUCCGUUGGCAAGUAAAUUGAAGAAUUUAAGAAUAUCUAAUGUAUUUCUUUGGCCACGAUUUCAUGUCGAAGUUUCGUCAUCAUUAAGUUUACAAGAUAGAAACCUCCUGAGAAGACAAAGGGAGGAGCAAGAUCAAAGAAGGUAUGUCACUGAAAUCAAUGUAAAGAUGACCUUCAAAAUGAAUAAGAUUCAGGCAGCAAUUCUAUCAUGUAUUCAAGCAUGUGUUGGAGAAUUGAAAAGGCAUAAUCCUAGUUUAGCAACCGAGUAUUGGGAUAUUGAAAAUGUACAUGACAAUGAGUUCGUUCCUAGAAUACGAAGUGCUUUGGAUCCACAAUGGCAUAGAAUAUCAUGGACAUCUAAACAGUUAAUUUACGAUUUAUCUACAUUAAAAGGGCUUAUGUCCUCGCUUAUUACUUUAGACUCUGUGACAUUUUAUCAAAUCGUGCAAGGAAUUCUUGAUCAUAAUAUCAAAGCAAGUGCUGGUGGGAGAAAGUUUGUGGGGAGUCCAUGGCUUAACCUUGAUGAAGCCACCACCAUCAUAUCAUAUGCAAAGGAAAGAGCGGUUGCAAUUAUGAGGAAAACAAAACGUAGGAAGAUAGAAAAUGAUCCAGAAAAGGAGUAUGAAGAAUAUGAAGAAGAGGAAUAUCUUUUAGAAGAACAACCUAAAUGGGAUCAAUUAGGAAUUUUAUUGGACGAUAUAAUGCAUGAAAAACAGUAUAAGGAUAGAAAUUAUGAAGGACCUAUUGUUAUUAUGUGUUCAAGUUCGAAAACAUUGAAUCAACUAAAAGAGUUUAUAUCGACAAUGACCAAAGAAGAGAAUAAUAUAACCGGUAAAAGAAGGUUUAGUGGGAGAAAAUUCAUGGCAAAUAAAUUACGUGGAUAUUUAACAUAUAAAGACUUAAGUAUAUUAACUAAAAAGUUGUCUUUGGAAUUGGAUGAUUCAGAAAAUAAAUUAAAUGGUCAGGAACCAGAAGAAGAAUUAAACACAUCUAAAACUUUUACCAGAGGUAAGGGUAAUAUCCAAAGUAAAAGAAGAAGAACUAGAGGAGCAGCAGCCGUUGCCAAUGUGCAUAGACUUCACUCAUUGACUGAUGAUGGAAAAUAUACAGAAGCGGCAGAAAUAGAUCCUUCAAUUAUGGGAAGAUUAGAACAAGAUGAUGAAGAUGACUCCAAUGGUGAAGAUGAAGAUUUAAAAGUUGAUGAAGAUAUUGGAGGAGGAGGAUUUAUCGAAGACGAUAUUCAAGAAAUUAAUGAAACUGAAUUUACCACUGCGAAAUUCCAAUUCAAUCAUAUCGAUAGAAGUGAUCAAAUUAUUCUUGAAAAUUAUAAUGAACGGACUAAUGAUUCAUUACUUCAAGAACUUCUGCCAUCAUAUAUUAUAAUGUAUGAACCAGAUUUGGCAUUUAUUAGAAGAGUUGAAAUUUACCAAGCCACGAAUAAAGAAUCCCCAGCCAAGGCAUAUUUUAUGUAUUAUGGGAAUUCUGUAGAAGAGCAGAAACAUCUUCUUCGGAUUAAAAAGGAAAAGGAAGCAUUUACCAGGUUAAUUCGAGAAAAGGCUUCAUUGAGUAAACAUUUUGAAACUAUAGAUGAUAAUAAUAAGUUUCAAAUACGUCGACAAGAAGUUGCCAAUACUAGAAUAGCUGGUGGAUCAAAUUUUAGAGAUCCAAAUGAUGAAUUAAGAGUAGUUGUGGAUGUGAGAGAAUUCCGAUCUGCAUUGCCAAAUUUAUUAUAUCGAAUUGGAGUAAAAGUUGUUCCUUGUAUGAUUACAGUUGGAGAUUAUAUCAUAUCACCUAAGAUUUGUAUUGAAAGGAAGGCAAUUCCUGAUUUAAUUCAAAGUUUUAAAAGUGGGCGGUUAUACAAUCAAUGUGAACAGAUGUUUAGAUAUUACGAAUUUCCAACUCUAUUAAUUGAAUUUGAUGAAAACAAGUCUUUUCUGUUUGAACCAUUUUCUGAAACAAGAGCCUUUGGUGGUGCUGCAACUUCGGGUGCAAAAUCAGCUCUUGCUGCUACAAAGUUUCUACAACAAGAUAUACAAUCUAAAAUUAUCAUGUUACUUGUUACUUUCCCCAAAUUGAAAAUCAUUUGGUCAUCAUCUCCAUAUGAAACAGCACAAAUUUUAUUAUCAUUAAAAUCAAAUCAAGAAGAGCCUAAUGUUGGAGAGGCGAUUGCCAAGGGAGUGAAUUCAAAUAUUUUGACAACUUCUCAAUCUCCACCAGUGUACAAUGAAGACUCGAUUGAUUUAAUUAAAAACAUUCCUGGAAUAAAUGAUAACAAUUACUUCCAAAUUAUAUCUCGAGUUAAAAGUAUUGAAGAUUUAGUGGAUAUUUCACAACAAACCCUAAUUGAAAUAUUAGGGGAUGAAAAUGGAAGGAAGGCUUAUGAAUUUAUGCAUAGAAUUGUCACUUGA